AUGGACCAGCAGCAGAGUGGUCAGCAGGGCGCUCGACAGCAACCGCUAUACGAUAUAAGUAAUGGUGGCCAUUAUGGCGCCAGCGCCGCGCUCUCGGCACAAGGUUACAUUCCCCAUACAGAACUAUACUCAGGAUUAUGGUCAAAUAUCAACCAAGGCCUCACUGGCGCCGCCCGGGACAUCCUCGCAACCUACUGGCAACAAACCAUCAACCACCUCGAAACUGACACCCACGACUUCAAAAUCCACCAACUCCCCCUCGCCCGCAUCAAGAAGGUCAUGAAAGCCGACCCAGAGGUCAAGAUGAUCUCCGCCGAAGCCCCGAUCCUCUUCGCCAAAGGCUGCGACAUCUUCAUCACCGAACUCACCAUGCGCGCCUGGAUCCACGCCGAGGACAACAAGCGGCGGACCCUGCAGCGCUCCGACAUCGCCGCCGCGCUCGCCAAAUCCGACAUGUUUGACUUUCUUAUUGACAUCGUCCCUCGUGAGGAACCAGCGGGUGGUGCCAAGCGGCCGACGACCAGCGGCGGCGGGACUCAGCAAAGUCAGCCUCAAGCGACACAGCAACCGACGCAGCAGCAGCAGCAACAGCCGCAGAUGAGCGCUCAGGAUUACGGUAUGCAGCACGGUGGUAUGGCGCCUCCCGAUCAGCAGUACGCCCGGCAGAACAUGUAUGCUGGUGCGCAGAUGGGCUCUGAUGGCCAGCACGACCCCAACCAGUACGGUCAACCCGCACAGAUGUUUGCAGGCCAGGACAUGUACAAUCCGUAUACUCAAGGAGGAUUUCCGGGAAGUCAGCAGAUGUACCUAGCCGGUCAGAGGCCUCCUUCACAAGGCUACGCUGGUCGUCCCGGUACCGCUGGCAACGAGUAG